AUGAGGACUCGUGCUCGCCGGCGCUCUUUGAUCCACGAGGGCAGCAGCAGCGGGAGCUUCUACGGCUACAUCAGCGACUUGCGCAACGCCUUCGACCCGCACUCGAUUCUGCUCAAGAGCUGGCACCAACUAUUGUUCGGCUGCUUGCUGUACGAGGCGUUCCUGUUGCCGUUCGCAGUGACGUUCGCAGCUGCAGACGCCCUCCCUUCAUCAACGUCGGCCUUUCGGGCUUUCUACGCGGCGGAAGUUCUCUUCGGUGCCGAUUUCUACGUGAAACUCAACACCGGAUUCUACGAGGCUGGCAACAUCCACCGCGACAAACGCAAAGCGAGGGCCAAGUACCUCAAGUCGUUCGGCUUUCUCCUCGACGUGCUGGCCAUUCUACCAUUAUCGGUCAUUCUGCCCUUGAUCAACGCUGGCUGGGUCUCAUCAAGUGGGGCCUGUUCGCUCGGGUGGCUGGAAGCUCACAAGGUGCUGCGCUUCUGGCGCAUUCCGAGCUACCUGGCCAAUCUGGACGACGUCUACUCCAAGCGCUUCCGGUCUCUCAAGAUCUUCAAAGUUUUAGUGGUGACAACGUUCGUGGCGCAUGUGGUCGCCUGUGCUCGCUUCGCGUUCGGCCGGAGCAGUUCUAGCGCUGCGUCGAACCCUUGGCUGCCUUCUGCCCCAAUGGAAGAUGAAUCUCUGACCACUCAGUACGUGCAAUCCCUCUUCUGGAGCGUGGGGCUCCUCACAGGUGCUUUCGAGGGCGCCUUGCCUCGCUUCAGCUCGGAGUUCGCCUUCACGCUGACCGUGGCGCUGCUGGGCUUUGUGCUGUUCGUCUACUCCUGCUCGACACUGCUCAUGCUGUCCAAGUCCGAGAGCAACCAGACCAAACUGGCCCAGGCUCGGAUCAAUCAGCUGCGGCACCUCCUCACGUUUCACCGCGUUCCAGAACCGCUGCAGGUGCAGGCUGUCGAGUACUUCAAGCGCCACCACACGGACGCCGAGUCCAACGACCGCGAGGUGGUCAAGCUCUUGUGUCCGUCGAUCACCAAGGACAUCCAGGUGGAGCUUCUGAAAGACAUGGUGGGUCGCAUCCCGCUCUUCCGUGGCUGCAACCAGCAGUUCAUUGUGGCCCUCACGAGUUUGCUGGAGAUGACGAGCUUCCCAGCUCAUGUUACACUGUUUGAAGCAGGUGACAAGGGAGACUACAUGUACGUGGUCAACUCCGGGGUGCUGCAUAUUCUGGUCAACGGUGUGAAGGUGCGCGAGCUGCGCCAAGGAAGUUUCUUCGGCGAGGUCUCGGUCUUCUCCAAGCGACCGCGCUCCGCUGCAGUCGUGACGACGUCGUACUGCACGCUUUAUCGUCUGUCACGCUUCCACACGGAGCGAGUGCUGGAGGGUUAUCCUGACUAUGCGGCUCAAAUUGCAACGACGAUAGACGAUAUGAUUGACGAGCGCGAAGCUCGGCAGAACCAGAAAUCUCGAGGCGGAGGGGAGGAAUACAUGCUCACGACGCUGUUCCAGCUAUCGACCAAGCCGCCUGCGAGGAGGAAGCGGCCGUCGCUGCGAGACCGAGCGAAAAGUGUAGCGCGCGCGUCUUUAAAGCGCAGCAAGUCGUCUCUGGUUCUAUCGGCUUCGCGGCACUCCGAGUACGACGGAGGGAACAUUUCCAUGAACGAGAACCGCGCCAUCAACUUCAUGGCGAAGCCGAUCGAGCUGCCACCUACGGUCAUCGCAAGGAAACCUUCAGGAAAAUUGGUUCGAAGUCAGUCAGCGUACGCUCGACGAGUGUCGUCGGGUGUUGGAGGUUGGUGGGCACAACGCACCACAAGUAUCAAAAGCUCCGCUGCCACGCGCCCAGAUACGAUGCAAGGGUUUUACGACAAUUUGUCUCGGCGUCGUGGGUCUCAACAAGUCGGUGGCGACGCUAGCAGCAUCCUAUCCCGACUACUGAUGCAGCGGGUGAUUGACCACACUUCUCCGUGGCGGAAAUACUGGCUGGUGCUGCUCCAAGCGCAUUUGACAGCGAACUGGUUCAUCGUGCCGCUGCUUCUCGCCUUCCCCAUACUCGAUUGUCCCAGCUUGAACCGCAGUUUACAGGCGACGUAUGCCAUCUUGGACAUCCUGCUGGCAGUCGACAUGUACCUGAACUUCCACUUGACGUUUAUGACAAACCGCAAAAAAGUUGCGCAGCCUUCGCUCAUAGCAAGAAGAUAUUUGCGCGGGGCAUUCAUAGCAGACUUGCUUUGCUUGCUCCCGUACGGGUUAAUGGUUCCAGCUGAUGCUUCUUCACUGCUGGCAGCACACCCGGCUUUGCUACGUCUACCGCGGUUGCUUCGGAUCUGGCGCAUCAGAGGGCAUCUGAGAGAAUGGGAGGCCCUCCGUAUCAACAGAACGGGUUGUGUGGUAGCUGCGGGGGUCAUGUACUUGCUGGUCUUGCAUCUUGUGGCAUGCGCGUACUUCAGCGUCACGUAUCUCGAGGGUUUCAGUACUGAAAACCUCAAUGGAACCUCGUGGCUACCAACCCAUGAUCUGGAAUUACUGCGAUUAGUUGAGCCCUCCGAUGGUACAGUGAAAUACGUCGGUGCUCUUACGAAUGCCUCAUACUCGAAAGCAGAGGCGCACGCGUUGGCUGGUGUGCAGUACACGCGCUCGCUCUACUUCGGAGCUACGAUGCUUACAGCUCUGGGCAAAACUGCAGAGCCAUCGACAGCUUUCCAAUACUGUGUGGCGCUUGUCUUGAUGGUGUUUGGGUUCGUCUCCAUGGCGGUGAUGGUCGACUACGUCCAGAAGCGAAUCACUGCGUCGGCGUUCGAACAGAAGGAGUUUCUAGCGACGCGUACUCGGGUACAGCGCUUUAUCAACUCUCGAGCUGCGCCUCCAGAAGUCCAUCAGCGGGUCAAGUCGUUCCUAGAGUUUUGGUGGUCCUCACACCGUGGCGCUAUCGCUGGUGACCUAUUAAAUGAGCUGCCUGAGGCUAUCAAACGGCCAGUGGUGCGAAGUAUGUGCCAGCCAGCUCUACGCACCUUGUCGCUGUUGGCAGACGUCCGAGCUUCGCUGGAUUCGCUUGAGCAAGCUUUCAUCGACAAUGUCCGGUUCAUUCUGUACGGGCAAGGAGAGAUCAUCUAUCGCCAGGGAGACUACGCUAGCGGCCUGUAUUUCCUACUGGAAGGAGAGCUCAUUAUCAUUGUGAACGGAGGAAUGCCUCGCACGAUCGUCAAAGGGGGGUUCAUCGGAACGGCUGCUCUAAAUCUGAGUGAAACAUCCGUCAGCUACAGUGAGCGCGUGACGGCGGCAAGCGGCUGCAUUCUCAUCUUCGUGUCUCGCGAUCAUCUCAACUGGAUGCACAAGGUCUUCCCGACGUUUUCAAUGGCACUACGAGCAUUGGAGAAGCGACUGGACGGGGCCAAGCUCGCUCGAGCACAGCAAGACUACAGCAGUCGCGAACGCUCGUUUAGCGGAGGCUUGAGGCCGAUGCCUGACGUUAAGAAGAAGAUUACAUUGGAGGUGAAGGUGCUAAAGUAUUUGGGUCUUGAAGACAUCGUUUUCGAUCCGGACGAAAGCACGACGGAGAUUUGGGAGCUCUGGAUUUUUGGCUUGACUAUCGCGCUGUAUCUCAAAGUGAUCAGCGACAUCACUUCUGGAGUCAACGCGGAUAAAGCUGUGGGGUCGGAGAUUAUCGCCGUAUUCUUUGAGACUUUUUUCGUGCUUGACUUCUUUUUCCGCUCGCGGCUUGGCUACUACGACUUCGGCAACAAAAUCAUGGACGUUGAGGUCAUUCGCAAGAGGUUUUUCCGCUCUCACGAGUGCUACUUCGACGUACUGGCGUUGAUUCCGCUCUACGUUGUCAAUUGGAUGCUUGGGUCGAGGCGCUAUGAGCUCUUAACUGUCAACAAACUGCUGCGUCUCGUUCGGGCAGCUGGCAUGUUAUCCAUACUAGAAAACAAACAUUUAAACCGUACGCUGCAGCUACGACUGGCCAAGGUGGUGCUGGUAUCGCUCAUGGUGACGCAUUUAUUCGGCUGCAUCUGGUUCAACUUCAGCGACUCCCUUUCGUCGGGUAUUAACCUGUGGGGUCCUGGUCAGUCUUUGAAGUCAGCUGACGAGCACUUGCAGUACUCCGCGUCGCUGUUCUGGUCGUUCGGCUUGAUGUCGAAUUCCUACGCUGGAGAACUGCCCAAGACAGCGGCUCAGUGUUGCUUCACUGUCGUCGUCCUCCUAACUGGAGCUUUCCUCUUCGCGUUCGUGGUGGGGAAUAUUUCAGAUGUUGUCGAGCUCAUUGACGCCAAUUCAAGGGAUUUCAACGGAAAACUCAGCUCUUUGCGGCUUCUACUAGCCCAUUUCCAUCUCCCGCCAGCGAUUGAGGAACAGCUCAAGACGUACUUCUUCUUCCAACGCUACCACACGAUCACGCAGGAAUAUCUCCUGGAGCGCUGCCUUCCUCCUUCCCUGUUGACCGAAAUCCGCCUGGUUCACCUCCAGCCGAUGAUCUCCAAGGUCGGAUUCCUUGCCGGGAUGGAAGGCUCGGUGACGCGGAUGCUCGUAUCGCAGUUUGUCCAGGCGUUGGCAGUGAAGAACCAGUUCGUUUUCCACUUGGGAGAAGAAGGGAGCGACAUGUUUUUCGUGUUUACGGGUAUCAUCGAGGUUCUGGUGCCUCUCGAGACGCUCUAUCGCCGCCAGUCUCACGAUGCAAAGUUGAAUGCGCUGGGUUCCCCGGCCUCCCGGUCAUCGUUCCACACGUAUUUCACUCCUUUGGACCCGUCCAAGCUGCAGGCCAAGAAUCAGUUGAAGAAGGUGAACGAACUCACGAGUGGCAGCUACUUCGGCGAGGUCGCGCUGUUCACGAGCAAGCCUCGCAGUGCGCACGCUCGGUGCAAGACGUCUUGUGUGCUGUAUAAACUCUCUCGACACUCCCUUGAGCUCGUGUUCGAGCGGUAUCCAGACUGGAAGCGGAAGGUGCUCAAGAUCGUCAAUAUUCAGCAGGAGCAGCAACACCUGCGCAACUUGUACAUGGAGGAGCAGAUGGACAUGGCAGCAAAAGCCUCCAAGAGUAUGCUCAACCACGCCGACAUAUUGGGAGACUUGGGGCCGAAUCUGCCGGGAAGCAGCUCGGCUGGGAGUUCAACAGAUCGAGUCGCUCCUAGUGUCAAGCGUGCGAUGCGAAAGCCGUCGACCCGACCCAUAGGAAGUCUGAAGAGUGCCGGGUCCUUUUUCUCGUCCUAUAAAGCGCAGCGUUCGGCUUCAAUUGAGACACCGAUCACUCUACAAAUGACGAGGCAGAAGAACAGCGUGCUCUGGGUCGACAUGCUGCUGCAGUGUACCGAGGCACAGAGCCCAUUUCACGUUCAAUGGCUCAAGAUUAUCGCGUUCGGAACGAUUUACAUGGCGCUGAUAGUUCCGUACCGCAAUUCAUACGACGUCUUGGAGCGUUUGAGCCCGCUGCCGAUCGUCGCGCGAGUCAUCGAGCUCACGUGUCAGGUGCUGUUCGGGUGGGAUAUCUGGGUGCAUUGGAACUUGAAAGACGGUCUUGAGUCACUGGAAUUGUACGAGAACAAGCAGCGCGACGCGUAUCAAAGGCAGCGUCUCUGGAUCGACGUCAUCUCGGCCAUCCCGAUCGACCACUUCCUCUCGGACUUCUACCAGUCGCCGCUCUUGUGCCUGAAUCGAUGCCUCAAACUCGUCAACUUCCCGCACUACAUGAGGGAGAUCAACCGUCGCAGCAUGGCGUACGAGAAGAAUCGGCUGUGUACAUUGUGGAUUUUGCUCUUCGUGCUCAUGCACUGGUGCGCCUGCGUCUACUUCUCGCUAGCUUCAGCGAAUGAUCAAAAUAAUGAUGAAGCCGAUUGGGACAAUUGGUCCCCGCCUCGCAGCGUGAUGGUCAACUCCUGGUCAAACCCGUCUCUCGACUUGCUCAUGCUUCGCUUCCUUCGCGGGAUUUUCUUCGCGUCCACUGCGUUUGUCAAGAAGGGGAAAGUGUUUGAGCCCUCGACGUACGGUGAGUACACGUUCACGCUGUUCGUGGACUUCGUGGGUCUGGUCACCAUGGCCUACAUGAUCGGGGAGAUGGCGAACCUCUACGUGUGUUACAUCAGCAACGAAGUCGAGUUCCGCAAGAACCACAUGGCCGUCGACUUGUAUCUCGAGCGGUGGCACAUUACGGGCAAGCUGAGGGCCCGGUCGCACGCCUUCUUGUCGUCGCUCUGGAGCUCGCACCGCGGCGUCAACUACCAGGCGAUUUUCGACGAGAUCCCGCAAGUCAUUCGCACCGAGUCCGUCAUGCACAUCGCGUACCUGCCACUGCGCGUCUUCAUCAACAACGUCUUCCGCCCAUUUGCCACGACGCACCCUCAUGACAGGGACGUGGACGCCAUCACUCGAGCCAUCGCCCAGCACCUCAAGUACGAAGGAUACCCUCGCGACGAGUGCGUGCUGGUGGACGGCAGCGUGUCCAAGGAGAUGUACUUCGUCGUGAAAGGCCACCUCAUGGCCACGACAGCUAGCGGGAAUGCUGCUGACACGCAGCAGUCAGGCCUGCACUACAAGAGAGGAGACUUCUUUGGAGAUCAAGGUCUGCUGGGUUACUCGGUCGGCGUGUCCACGGUCAAGACCAUCUCGGCAUGCGAUCUGUUGUCUCUGAGCUCUGAAACGCUGCUAGAAGUGAUCCUGUCCCGUCCUAUUUUCCAGACGGCACUCAGUCUCGUAAUCGAGGCGUAUCGAGAGCUGUGCACGCGUACUCGACAGACGGAGGCAGCCAAAAAGACGGAGGAAGAUUGGGGCGCUGUGCUGUUUCGGAUCCUGAACACGCGGAAGACCCAGUGGAUCGAAGAAGCUCGGCAGUACAACGCGGGCAUUGACGCAGACCCGAUGAACGAACCGUGGACCGUGUCGUGCCUCAAACCUGGCCAGGAGGUUGGGAUGGUGUCCAUCUCGUCGCCCCACGCGUGCGUCAAGGUGUUCGAGAACCUCCUCCGCCUCAUCGCGGCUCGAGGGCUCCUCGACGUGGAAAACCUGCAGCAGUCGGCGGCGCAGUUCCAGGACACGCUGCCGAUCAUGACGACGGACCUCGCCGCGCAUCGCAGCGUGAACAUGUCGGUGACAGAGAGGUCCGACAGUAGCAAGCCGAGCAACAAGCUCGCCUACAUUCACUAG